UUGCCAGUGACUUCCGGAGAUGGAAUCAAAUGCAUUUGCGAUCAAGGUUGGACUACGAACGGUACUGGUAUAGCUUGCCUCACAGAUAUAAAUGAAUGUGAAUCGUCACAAGGAUCCCGAUGUUCCGUUAAUCCUAGGGUUGAGUGUAUCAAUCUUCCCGGUUCAUUCCGAUGUGGUGAAUGUCCAUCAGGCUACGAAGGAAAUGGAUACGUCUGCUAUGAUAUCGACGAGUGUGUCACCUUACCAAAUGGGGGUUGCAGCGUCAGUCCUUUUGUAGCUUGUCACAAUACGAUUGGAUCAAGAUUCUGCGGCCCAUGCCCUCCGGGAUACCUAGGUGAUGGUGUUACCUGUACUUGGAUAGGCUCAUGUAAUAUAAAUCACGGCGGAUGUCACCCGGCAGCUUCCUGCGUUGAUAAAUGGUUUGGAUCGGGAAGAAGAACACAAUGUGUUUGUCCCAACGGUAUGGACGGCGACGGCGUAGGUCUUGAUGGAUGCUACAUUUCUACCGAAGGUAAUGCAACACAACACUGCGAGAGCAAUCCGUGCAGUGAGCAUGGGCAGUGCCACGCUCUUCGGACUGGCUAUACAUGUAUCUGCCAUAAAGGCUUUACCGGGGUACACUGUGAAAACACGGCAAAUUUAUGUGCAAAUUAUCCUUGUCGAAAUGGAGGCAGCUGCAUUGUUGAUGAAAAUUCGUCAACAGGGUUCAGAUGUGAGUGUACUGCACUAUUUUCUGGGGAUCUUUGUCAGUCGCAUUCAAAUCUUUGUGGCGGUGUGUUAAAUCACGAAGAGGGUAGCAUUAUUUAUCCCGUAUCUAAUACAACCUAUAGUCAUAAUGCCCGUUGUGCGUGGGUGAUUCACACCUCACCCGAUAAAGUAAUUAAUGUUACAUUUAGUAAGUUCAAUUUAGAAACUAAUCCUGAGUGUCAGUAUGACUUUUUACAAAUACAUGACGGUCGUAGCUCAGCCAGUCAAUUAUUAGGACGAUUCUGUGGUGUUACUUUCCCUUUAGGUGGAAAUAUUAUAUCUAGUCAUAAUAAUUUAUAUUUCUGGUUCCGAUCAGACCAAACAGUAGCUAAGGAUGGUUUUGCCUUGCAUUGGACUAGUAUAGAUCCAGUUUGUGGAGGGGAAAUCGAUGCAAGCACCCAUGGUCACAUCACCUCGCCUGGGUCACGUGGUAAGUACCCGCCUAAUAGAGAUUGUUAUUGGCACCUCACGACUACAUUUGGAAAAAGAAUACUACUACACUUUUUCGAACUUGACAUUGAAGCCCACCCUAACUGUAGCUUUGAUUAUGUUGCCAUUUACGAUGGAGGACAUAUCACUGAUCCUCUACUCGAAAAAUAUUGUAACUCAACCCUGCCUGGACCUGUGCAAUCGGUGAGCUCGGAACUUUUAAUACAUUUUCAUUCCGACGCUUAUGGUUCUGGUUACGGAUUCCGUAUUACAUUCGCUCCUGUAGAAGGUAUACCAGGAUGUGGUGGUUACUUCACUGAAUAUAGAGGGGAAAUUUCAUCCCCUACAUAUAACGGUAAAUAUCUCAAUAACAUAGUAUGUGAAUACAAAAUAAAAACCAGUGAAGGUACUAAAAUCCGUAUAAAUUUCAUAACAUUUUCAAUCGAAAGUUCAUUCCGCUGUAAAUACGACAACUUAAAAAUUUAUGAUGGUCCGUCGUCCGACUCUCGCCUUGUUGGUAAAUUUUGUGGCAAAAAUUAUCUAAAAUCAUACACAUCAUCUUCAAAUGCAUUAUUCAUAAGAUUCAAAUCUGAUCAUACUAUGUCCUCCGAAGGUUUCAGAAUAACUUAUGAAGCAAUUUGUCAUAAAACACUAUACGGUGAUAGCGGAGUUAUCAAAUCACCCGGAUACCCUUUCAGGUACCCAGAAAAUAGAGUCUGUGAAUAUAUUAUUAGUACUACUCCAGGAAAAGCGAUACAAUUAACAUUUCAAGAUUUUGACAUUGAAAGUAACAGGUACUCUAAUUGUCAAUAUGAUAAUGUAGAAAUCAGAGACGGACCUGAUAUAAACUCGACUCUGCUUGGAACUUUCUGUGGUGGUUCUGAACAUAUACCACCUGUUCAAACAUCAACAUUUAAUUAUAUGUACAUCCGAUUUAAGUCUGAUAUGAGUGUUUCAGGUACAGGAUUUUACGCAAACUAUACAACGAUAGAUACUGAAUGUGGGGGCAUACAUAGAGAGACUUCUGGAGAAAUUAAUCAUCCCUCUGCUACAGAAACCAAUUAUAAAAACGAUCAGACCUGUACAUGGAUAAUAAUCGCCCCUGAAGGUAUGCAUAUAAAGUUAACAUGGAAUAGAUUCAAGCUGGAAAACCAUAUUCGACCUUCAUGUAGCACUGACUACGUUGAAUUGUAUGAAAUAGAUGACGAAAAUCAACGUAAUUUUCUAGGACGAUACUGUAAAUCUUCAUCGCCACCAGCGCUUACUUCUUCUACUAACAGACUUAUGAUAAAGUUCGAAUCUGACAGCAGUAUACGAGAGAGUGGUUUCUCACUAUCUUACACAUUUUUAGACGAAAAAUCACAUUGUGGUGGAUUGUUCGUAAAGCCUCACGGCUACAUCUAUUCACCUGGAUGGCCAAAUACUUACGAGCCGUAUCGAGAUUGCAUUUGGACAAUCACUGUACUUUUCGGGCAACAAAUUAUGCUUAAUAUUUCUCAAUUCGAUCUCGAACGCCCGAUACGUGAUAAAUGUGACCUAGGAGAUUUUUUGGAGAUAAAGAAUGGGGCCUCGGAGAAUAGCCCGUUGAUUGGGAAGUAUUGUGGUAGUUUUAAAUCAAAACGUAUUUUAUCCACUGCCAAUAGUUUAUAUUUGCAUUUUCAUUCCGAUUAUUAUUUGUCAGGACGCGGUUUUAUAAUUGAAUGGGAUGGCAGUAUCACUGGAUGUGGAGGGACGCUGACCAGUAUUAGUGGAUCAAUUUCAUCACCUAACUAUCCCGAUAAUUACAAUGAAAACGCUGAAUGCUUCUACAGAUUAGUAACGAGCAGUGGUUCUAAAAUUCGAAUAUCUUUCACGGAACUGGAUUUGGAGAAAACACCAAACUGUAGAGAUGAUUAUAUAGAAAUUUUUGAUGGCAGAGACACAAACGCGGUAAGCCUCGGCAAACAUUGUUCAAUGUCGUCUAUUUUAAGCAAUAUAGUGACAACCACUAAUUAUGCAUAUAUCAAAUUUCGGUCUGAUAUUCAUUUAGGUGGUAAGGGUUUUAAAGCUUCUUUUACUAUGACUUGUGGUGCUUAUAUAACUGCACAUCAUGAUGGAAUAAUAAGUAAUGAUCAUUUUGUAAAAAAUUCGAAUGAAAGUUGCACAUGGACUUUAUUAGCACCAAAACCAAGUCAAAAAAUAAAAUUGACCAUAACACAUAUGUCACUUUCGAAAGAUACAACUGUCGUCACCAACAGAGCAUGUCCAUCAACAUACCUUCGAGUUUUGGACGGCGAUGACGAUAAUUCACCUCUGAUUGAUGAAUUUUGUGGAAACAAAAUUCCACCAAUGAUUGUGAGCCACGGUAGUGCGAUGACGAUGAAACUCGGUACUUAUAUUGGAAAUAUUACUGGUAAAUUUUCGGCCCACUAUUCAACAUUAACAUCAGCUUGUGGAGGCGUAUUAACAUCAGAAGAAGGCACUAUCGCUUCUCCUAAUUACCCUCAGUCGUAUCCUAUUGGAUCGGAUUGCGAAUGGAUUUUAAGCACAUCGCCAGGUUACAGAAUUUCUCUAAAGUUUAUUGAACGUUUCGUUAUUGAAGACAGACCAAAUUGCACAAAGGAUGUUCUUAUUGUCUAUGAUUGGAAAGAUAAUGAAUAUAUUGAAAUAGCCAAGUUAUGUGGCCGGCGACUACCACCGGCAUACAAUUCGACAUUCAACCAAAUGAAAGUUAUCUUCCGCACGGACGCGGAAAUCAACUUAGAUGGAUUUAGAGCACAAUGGACUGAUAUUUGUGGUGGUAACUAUAUAGCAACUGAAAAUGAACAAAUAAUAUACAGCCCAGGAUAUAAUAACGAAUACGUGCCAUCACAGAAUUGUGAAUAUCGAAUACAGGCUGUUGACAAUAACAUAAAAGUUAAAUUUCUAAGUUUUGAUAUUGAAGGCACGUAUCCAUUAUGCGAAUAUGAUAAUGUAACUAUAACUGCUCAUAGUCCAAGUGAAUAUAUAUAUCAAGUAUAUUGUGGGAAAGAACUCCCUCCACUUAUAGAAAAUGUCGCUGAUGUUCAAGUGCUUUUCAGCACCGACAGAUAUAGCAAUAAAAAAGGAUUUAAAUUAGCAUAUUCUAUUUAUUUCUGUGGGGGUAAAAUCAACAACAAUACUGUUAUUACUUUUGACAAGUACGAACAUAAUUUAAAUUGUACAUGGAUAAUAGAAGCCCCUGUUAACAAAAUAGUUGUAUUAAGAUUUGUUUACAUUGACCUGGAAAGUAAUUCAGAGUGCUAUAACGAUUAUAUAGCAGCUUAUAACGGAUUGAUUAUAGAUCCAAAUAAACGUCUUGCACUUAUGUGUGGUCGUGUAAAUUCUAGUACAGUUAUUAAAAGCGCGAGUAACGAAAUGCUCCUGCAAUUCGUUACUGACAGCAGCGUUUCAUAUAAAGGAUUUCAAGUUGAAGUUAUAUUUACAUUCUCGGAAUCAGCUGGAUGUGGAGGACAAAUCAAUUUAGCUCCAACAUCAAGUCAAACUUUAAAAUCGCCACUUAUCGGAAACAGUGUUGUAUAUGAAAGUUACUUGGACUGCAGCUGGUAUAUCAAAGCCCCAGAAGGAUAUGUGGUUUCUAUUGAAUUCAUAUCUUUCCACAUAUCGUCUUGUCACAACGUCAAUCAAACUGCUCUAGGCAUUAGUAAAUGUGAUUGUGACUUAGUGGAAAUAAGAGACGGCAUAAAUCCGGACAGUUUAGUAAUAGACACUUUUUGUGGUCACACUUUGCCUCCACAAAUACAUUCCUCGCUUAAUCAUAUGUUAAUACGCCUAAAAACAGACGGUGAAAUUGCUAGCUCCGGCUUCGAAAUCACUUUAACUGCAAAAGAAUCGAUAUGUGGUCGAUCCCUGUAUCCUGUUAGCCAUAAUGUGCAAAUUUUAAAAUCUCCCCGUUACGAUACGGGCUAUAUUCCACGCGGCUUACAUUGUUCUUACCGUUUAGACUCUCACGCUGAAAUAUACAGUACAGUGCGUCUUACUGUAAAAAACCUAGACUUGCGACCGGGUUCUGUAAAUAUCAACAAAUGUAAUUAUGAUCGUCUAUUAAUAACGAGUAGUCCUUACUCUCAGAACAUUUCGAUCGGCAAAGAAUUUAUUUUAAACCCACAAACUAAUAGCUUUUACGAUGUUUCCAAUUUUUAUGAGCAAACGUUCCCCAGCAGUUUAGAGCUUUGCGGAAAUAAAAAAUCGGUCGACUUAUACAUUACUGGAGACGUACUAAUUAAUUUACAAACAACGUCAGAAGCAGAUCUGCGGAGUUACAAAGGAUUUGAAAUUGAAUUUGUUUUCACUGGAUUCUGUGGCAGAAACUAUACAGAUCCCCAAGGUAGGUUAAAAGCACUAAACCCAACAGACGGAGAAGAAGACAAAGAUUGUUACACUCUUAUUACUGCUCCUGAAAAUAACACAAUAGCCCUCUACUUUUUCUUUAUUUCACCUGAUUAUUACAGCAAUGACGUCUAUCUAGAAAUAUUCGAUGGAGAUAAGCGUAGUGCUCCAAGGUUGGUUAAGAUUGUUAAAGAAUUCUCUGAAUAUACAGCAGUGUUUUCUACUGGCAGAAAUUUGCUUUUAUAUAAUCAUCCCGUUAACAAAAAUCAAGUGACUUUCGACUCUAACUACGUGGUUACCAACAAGGGCCGCGGGUGUGGCGGUAAACUGCACAAUGUAGUGGGGCGAGUUGCAAGUCCGAUGUACCCAGCGAUAUACCGCCAUAAGAACAUUUGUGAAUGGGAGCUUGAAACUCCUCAUGGGUCGCGAUUAAUGCUCCAUUUCGCAGUAUUUGACCUUGGCGUUGUGUGUGAUCAAAAUUACGUGCAAUUAGUCGAUAGAAAUGGCAAUACAAUAUCUACAUAUUGUUCUGAAAUACCAGCAGAUUACACGAGCUUAGACAAUUAUGUUAAAAUUGUAUUCAUUACAAACAUGAACAACGGCGGGACAGGUUGGGUUGCAGAUUUUGUAGCAGUUUUAUAG